AUGGCUCUUACGUUUUCACUUGGACUAAGUAAUGCUCAGCUGUACACAUGGACAGAUGGCCUUAGAAGAAAGGAUUGGCACGAUUAUGAAACUAUUCAGAAAGAUACACUGCGCUCAGGAAAAGGUGAACAUGGGAAACCAUACCCCCUCACUGAAGAUGAUCAGGAUGACACGGCCUAUAGAGAAAAUGGUUUUAACAUAUUUGUUAGCAACAAUAUAGCACUAGAGAGAUCCUUGCCUGACAUUCGACAUCCUAACUGUAAGCACAAAUUUUAUUUGGAAAAGCUGCCAAACACCAGUAUAAUUAUCCCAUUUCAUAAUGAAGGAUGGACAUCCCUUUUGAGAACCAUGCACAGUGUGAUCAAUAGAACUCCAGACAGUUUAAUAGCGGAAAUAAUCUUAGUGGAUGACUUCAGUGACAGAGAACAUCUUAAGGAUAAAUUAGAAGAAUAUAUGGCCUAUUAUCCAAAGAUUAGGAUUGUGAGGACUAAAAAAAGAGAAGGUCUUAUUCGAACUCGAUUGCUGGGUGCAUCAAUGGCCAAAGGAGAAGUGUUGACGUUGGAUUCUCAUUGAGAAGUCAAUGUGAAUUGGUUACCACCGCCUAUUAAGUAAAUUGCACUAAACCACAAAACCAUUGUGUGUCCCAUGAUCGAUGUCAUUGACCACAAUCACUUUGGGUAUGAAGCACAAGCCGGAGAUGCCAUGAGAGGAGCAUUUGACUGGGAAAUGUACUACAAACGCAUUCCAAUCCCUUCAGAACUUCAGAGAACGGACCCCAGUGAGCCUUUUGAAUCCCCUGUAAUGGCUGGUGGUUUAUUUGCUGUUAAUCGAAAGUGGUUUUGGGAACUUGGUGGCUAUGAUCCUGGUCUAGAAAUCUGGGGAGGAGAGCAGUAUGAAAUAUCCUUUAAGGUAUGGAUGUGUGGAGGAGAAAUGUUUGAUGUCCCUUGUUCCAGAGUUGGUCACAUUUACAGGAAGUAUGUGCCUUAUAAGGUUCCAACAGGAACAAGUCUUGCAAGGAACUUAAAGCGAGUAGCUGAAACAUGGAUGGAUGAAUAUGCAGAAUAUAUUUACCAGAGGAGACCGGAGUACAGACACCUCUCCACUGGUGAUUUAUCUUCCCAAAAGGAGCUUAGAAAGAACCUCAAAUGCAAGGACUUCAAAUGGUUUAUGUCUGAAGUAGCCUGGGACAUACCAAAGUAUUACCCUCCGGUGGAGCCUCCGUCUGCCUCAUGGGGAGAAAUUCGAAAUGUGGCCUCUAACCUCUGCAUUGACAGCAAACAUGGGGCAACAGGAACUGAAGUGAGACUGGACAAUUGCAUAAAAGAUGGCUCUGAGAGGACCUGGUCACAUGAACAGCUUUUCACCUUUGGCUGGAGAGAGGACAUACGCCCAGGGGAACCUCUUCACACUAGAAAAUUCUGCUUUGAUGCAAUUUCUCAUAACAGUCCCGUCACGCUAUAUGACUGUCAUGGUAUGAAGGGUAACCAGCAAUGGAGUUACAGAAAGGAUAAAACUUUGUUUCAUCCUGUAAGCAACAGCUGCGUAGACUGCAACCCAGCAGAAAAAAAAAUAUUCAUGAACAGAUGCGACCCUUUGUCUGAAACGCAGCAGUGGAUUUUUGAGCACAUUAAUAUGACUAUAUUACAGAAAUUCAACAUCUAUAAUAACUCUUAG